AUGGUAAAAAAGAAUUCAUCAAACAGCUGCUGCUGUUCUGUGUUCUCAGGCUAUAACGUGUUCAACGUCUCCGUGGGCUGGAAGAACAACGGAGCUGAUGGACUCAAACAGCUGGAUGGCAUUCUGAGUAAGGGUUUCACUAACAAGUUCUACAACAUCAGUAAGAAAGACCAGUCAAACAAACCAGGUGUGGAUGAAUACCGUGUCGGGGUGUCCAGUGACACACCCCACUGGUACAUCAGAGACUAUCUGGCUAGAGUCAGCAGCCACUAUGACAUCGGGGCCGUGGAAGUUCAUGAUCUGGAUGAGUGUAAGGCCAAUGAGGCGGUGUGUGUCUACCCUGCCCUUUGCUCCAACACCUACGGGGGCUACAGGUGUGUUUGCAACGGUACCGCUGAUGUGGAUGAAACCCUGUCCUGUGUAAUAGACCGAGGCAAAAUGAGCAACACGGAGGUGGACUUGGUUCUGGGUCUGGUCCUGGGGAUCGGCAUCCCACUGCUGCUGAUUCUGCUUCUGGCUGCACUGGCCUGCUUCUGCUGCCGCAAGAAGACUGUUACUGGAGACCUCCCCCACUUGGUGCCAGACUACAUGCAGGAGCAGUACAACCCUCCACCUUUUAACUACUCGGACCCAGCCCUGCACUACAUGACCCACUGCAGCCCUCGCAUCAUCGACGACAUCACGCCCAGGCAGCGCCUCAGAUAGCGCACACAGGAACGAACAGUUUCACAGAGAAAACACAAGCACUUUUUCAGUUUUUUUUAAUGCUGAGAUGACGGAUGCUUAUUUAUAUUUUAACAAACAAGUAAUUAAAUCUGAGGGACUUCUAAAUUUGAUUACUCCUAAUCCACUAAGCUGAGUGAUGCCAAGUUUUUUUUCCUCCCUGGACAGCAGUUUACAGUCAGAGUCUGACCCAGCAGAAAUCGACGAUCUCUUGGCAGGAGAUGCUGAUGAAAAGAAAACCACUGCAGUGCUCUUCAUCUUCCAGCAGCCUCUUUGGUACCAACAUUAGCAUUUCCUAGGAUACCAGAGAACAAAGCUUAUUGUGGUUCUUAUCCUUAAAUCUAACCAUCUCAGCAUGACUUGUAACCAUAGCUGUCACAAUUUGCCUGAGUCUUAUUGCUAUGAAAACUCUUAAAUCUAUAAAAAGUAGAAGCCACUGUCUGGAAAUGACAUGAAUUAUUGUUCAUUGCUGGAUUAUGUCAUUCAGUGUUGCAGCUGGAAGCUGGCCUGCAGCUUACAACCAAUUGUAAAUAUCGUGUAAAAAAAAAAAAAAAAAAAAAAAAAAACCCUUUCAGCUAAACUAGUGUGGGUUUCAUUUCAAGAACAGGCAAAACACUGAAUUUGUUACUGGAGCAGCCAUGUCAUUAUACUAAAGCUGGGAGCCCAAAUGUCUUAACCAGAAAGAUUUGACCUCUCCAAGCACCUCCCUGCAUGCCAAUAUGUGUUCAAGUAGCACUAUGUGACUUUCUGACCUUAAAAAAAUGUGUUUUUGACUUGUUUUGAUGGCACAGUGACAUUUCUUAUGUACAUUUCUGAGGCCAUCGUUGCCCAGCAACAUCUCAAGGCUAAGAAACCACACACAUUUUUCCCGGAUGCGGGAUCACUUUACAACAGCAUUUCACUUUACGUCCCCGUGUUACACACCAGCAACUGGAUAUCAACACGUUGGCUGUUGUUAAUGUACAUUAUGGCUGAUUCAUCAAAGACACAUAGUAAACAUUACCAGUGAAAGUGACUGAACAAGAGAUUAAAUAAGCCAACAGAUUGACUCUUACUGACUGAAGAGACCUCAGAGAAGAGACAGGAUGCAAGACAGAUCCCGAAAUAGCCGUCAUUAAGGGGCGCCGCACUGAGAAAAAUAGCCAAAGUUCAGUAGUGCUGCUUUAAGACUUACUUUCUUUAAAUUAAUUUUACUUCUCAUUUAUUUAACCAG